CCGGGGCUGAGGGCGCGGCGCCUGCGCAGUGCGGGGGGGCAGCGCGGCCAAGAUGCCGGACUAUCUGGGCGCCGACCAGAGGAAGCCCAAGGAGGAAGAGAAGGAGGAUAAGCCCAUCCGCGCGCUGGAUGAAGGCGACAUCGCUCUGCUGAAGACUUACGGCCAGAGUACAUACUCGAGGCAGAUCAAGCAGGUAGAAGAUGACAUUCAGCAACUACUCAAGAAAAUCAACGAGCUUACUGGGAUCAAGGAGUCAGACACUGGCCUGGCCCCUCCUGCUCUCUGGGAUCUGGCUGCAGAUAAGCAGACUCUCCAAAGUGAGCAGCCUCUUCAGGUUGCCAGGUGUACGAAGAUUAUCAAUGCGGACUCUGAGGAUCCCAAGUAUAUUAUCAAUGUCAAACAAUUUGCCAAAUUUGUGGUGGAUCUCAGUGACCAGGUGGCACCAACUGACAUUGAAGAGGGAAUGAGAGUUGGUGUGGACAGAAACAAGUAUCAGAUCCAUAUCCCCUUACCUCCAAAGAUUGACCCAACUGUUACUAUGAUGCAGGUAGAGGAAAAACCAGAUGUCACCUACAGCGAUGUUGGUGGUUGCAAAGAACAGAUUGAAAAACUGCGGGAGGUGGUUGAGACCCCUCUGCUCCAUCCUGAGAGGUUUGUGAACCUUGGGAUUGAGCCCCCUAAAGGAGUGCUUCUGUUUGGGCCACCGGGGACAGGCAAAACCCUGUGUGCUCGUGCUGUUGCUAACAGGACCGAUGCCUGCUUCAUCAGAGUGAUUGGAUCUGAAUUGGUGCAGAAAUAUGUAGGAGAGGGGGCUCGAAUGGUGCGGGAACUUUUUGAAAUGGCCAGAACUAAGAAAGCUUGUCUUAUAUUCUUUGAUGAAAUUGAUGCCAUUGGAGGGGCUCGUUUUGAUGAUGGGGCUGGAGGUGACAAUGAAGUGCAACGUACUAUGCUGGAGCUGAUCAAUCAGCUGGAUGGAUUUGAUCCAAGAGGCAAUAUUAAAGUGCUGAUGGCAACUAACAGACCUGAUACUUUGGAUCCAGCACUGAUGAGGCCGGGGAGACUGGAUAGGAAGAUUGAAUUUAGCUUACCUGAUCUGGAGGGCCGAACUCACAUAUUUAAGAUCCAUGCUCGUUCGAUGAGUGUGGAAAGAGACAUCAGGUUUGAGUUGCUGGCUCGAUUGUGUCCUAACAGCACAGGUGCUGAAAUCCGCAGCGUCUGCACGGAGGCAGGCAUGUUUGCCAUCAGAGCACGUCGAAAAAUUGCAACAGAGAAAGACUUCCUGGAAGCCGUAAACAAAGUCAUCAAGUCUUAUGCAAAAUUCAGUGCUACACCCAGAUACAUGACCUACAACUAGAAGGAAAAUAUUCAUAUUAUUCUUUGUCUUAAGUAAAAGCCUGAGUGUAUAAUAGUUCAUGUGGUGUUUGCUAUCUAAUGCAGUUCUAGGAGUCUAAAAAUAAAUGGAGUAGUCCAAAUAACAGGCUGUUAGUUAAAUGUAUAAGAACAUGUUUAAUACUAGUGAAUCUACUGCCAUGGAAGAAAAAGAUGCAAAUUUCUGAAGGUGACACUUAAGCUGCAUAGAUGAGUCCUAAGCUUAAAACACACGUCACAGAGUGAACCUUAAAACCAGUAUGACUUUUUGUAACCAGUCUUGCCAACCUCAACCUGUCAAAAAUCAUGAGCUAUAAACUCUUAAGAAGCAAGAUUUGGAAUCUAAAUCAUGAGGGGCUAUUUUUGAAGCAUGUGUGUGAUGGGGGGUUACUUGUGAAGGUGUGGGUGGGCUAUGGGAGUAUGUGUGGGGUUUGGAGCACAGGGAGGGGGGGCGGUCACCGCACACCCUAGCAGGAUGCAGGGUACUGGGUCAGGAGUAAGGGGCAGAGCUGGGGGGGUGAGGGAGGGACUGGGGGGGCGGGGCUGUGGCUUGGGAGUGACAGACAGACACAGUUAGGCAUGCACCACCAGGGGAGGUACAGGGGAUAGGUGCCCCCUGGAAUUGUCCCUGGGGCAGAGGUUGGCUGGGGUUCUGUGCCCUGCUUCCUUUGCCCCAGGAGCUGUGUAAUGCUGCCAGGUAGGUAGGGGACAUGGCACAACUAGUGCAUGGCUACCGGGUUAAAGGCAACAAGGUGCAGAGCCCCAGCGUGCAGUGGGCAGCCCACCUCUGCCCCAGUGACAAAUCCAAGGGGCACCUGCCCCUCACAUUUCCCCUGGUGGCACGCACAGCAGCAGGGAGCCAUGCCCCUGGAUGGAACUGCACGUGGCUAUCACAACCUGCCCCAGCCCCGGGAGCCCCAUUCUCUCCUGCCCCACUGCCUUACUGUGGUGGCCUUGAUCUGUCCCCUCUGCCCCUUCCCUUUCCAUCCCACACACCAGUUCAGUGCUGAUCUGAAGGUUGUAUCCUGAGAAAUCAGGAGUCUCGAGACUGUUUUGCAAGAGUUGGUAUUAUUUAAAUACCUAAAACUGAGGGACUUAAAUUCAAAAUGUGGAUAAUUGAAGGCACCUAAACUCUGUAAUGCCUGAAGCCUUUGCUAGUAAAAAUGCCAAGAUACUGGCCAGAAGUGCCUCAGUUCAGCAGUUCUGAACAGCAGAAACCAAGCUCAUGCCUAAGUCUCUUUGGGCUGCACUGACUAUAGAGUCCAGGGGUAGGCAAUGUUUUUUGACCAGAAUGCUGAAAAAAACACAAUGUCUACCUUGGAAGGUGCCGGAGUAAUGACAUGCUAGAGCCUGGAGCAGCUGUUUGCAGCCUCCCAGCUGCAGCUGGCUCACGGAGCCUGGUUUGCUUGCAGACUCCUGCUGGGAGCCGCUUGGGUUCUGUGGCUGGCAGCAGCUGCUUAGAGCCCGGGCUGGCAGUGGUGUGCCAAGCAAAAGGACCUUGCAUGCCAUGCUCAGCAUGUGUGCCAGGGGUUGCUGACCCCUGGCCUAGACAUUCCUUUCCCUGUCUUGCUUCUGGGACCAAUUUGGUGGGUAUGCUCCGAGCUGCAUGGUCAGGCCCUGCACAAAGUGAGCACAUCCAUACAUGCAGGCAUGUGUGCUUGCAGCAGCUCAAAUAGGAGUGGCACAAAUUUAUGCCAGAGAUUUUUGCCUCAGCACGCAUGCUGGAACAUAGACUUCAGUGUGGGGCAAGUUGUGCCACCUGGGGAAAACUGACCCUGCCCAGCUCAUCCUGGACCUGCAGCCAGAGGGAGCUGAAGGCUGGGACCAGCACCUGUGCUAGCCCCAGCAGUAUAAAAAGCUGCCCUGGUGAGCAGCUCAGGUCUACUUGCUCUCAGGAGCUUCUAUGGCCUGGCCAGUUGAUAUAUGGGGACACUAGCCCCUUGUGCCAGCUGGACUGCUGCAGCAGCUCUGACCUCUACCCACUGCAGCAGUGGCAAUGGGGGUUGCUGCCUGGCUGUGACCUGCAGCCACCUAUGACAGCAUCUGCCCCCUUGGACCUGCAGGCCCAUGUCUGCACACCUGCUGGACCUGGAUGGAGACUGCAUGGCCACCUGGGCUUUGGCUUGGGCACUGUAGCAGAGCUGUCUGCACCUCUGGGCUAGCUGUCUGGCCCAUGGCUGCACAGCUGGCCUUUGGCAUUACUGCCAUGUGUGCCCCACCCUGCCAUCUGGGCAGCUGUCACCUGGAAGAUGUUCUCAGUGUGGUGGCCUGCUUUGAACUGUCAAAGCAUGUCCUGGCCCCAAAUGGCCAGGAGUUCAGCCACUUCAUUUACCCUCCAGCUGGCUCCCAGCUGCCAGCCCUGAGCAGGCUCCUCUGCCUGGGUCCUGUGACUUGCCUCACUAGCAGGAAUCCUGGCAUUCCCUCUUCAAAAACUGCAAACUCUUUGAUUAAAACAAAAAUCCCAAAUUCAUUCUUUAAAAUACCCCCAAAUCCACAGUUAAGACAAAAGACCACUAGAGAGAGAGAGAGAUUGAUCAGCUGGGUAAUGUUUAUUGAUAUAUUUACAAUGUUAAAUCAGUUUGGAAGCCUACCAGUGCCUCUAUCAUCAUAAUAAAAUAAAUUCUAAAUGGC